UGUGUUUAUGCAUCUAUAUACACAUGAGAGUUUGCAAAGAAAAGAAGAAAUUCAUAAGCAAACCAAAAAGAAAUGGAGGAGGAGCAAGAUAAAUUGUUGCCUAUUGCCAACGUGGGUCGGAUUAUGAAGCAAAUCCUGCCCCCAACUGCCAAGAUUUCCAAAGAAGCAAAACAAACAAUGCAAGAAUGUGCAACGGAAUUUAUAAGUUUCGUAACCGGUGAGGCAUCCGACAAGUGUCAUAAGGAGAAUCGCAAGACAGUGAACGGAGAUGACAUCUGUUGGGCUCUAGGUUCUCUAGGGUUUGAUGACUAUGCCGAGGCUAUAGUAAGGUACUUGCAUAGAUAUAGAGAAGUUGAAAGGGAGAGAUCAGCUAAUCAACACAAAGCUUCUGGCACUGAACAAGACAUUGAAGAAUCCAACCAUAUAAGUUUCCAACCACAGCAGCAAAUUGAAGCUCCUAACGGAAUAGAAUUUAGGAUUCUUGAUAAGGGCAACGGCAGCUCUUUCACAAAUCCAUCCUGAGAAAUAUUGCUCAGUUUUCUUUAUGAAUAUUGAAGAUAACGAGGUAGAAGAAGAUGAAGAUACUGAUGAACAAAAAAGAUAAAGGAAUUUGGAGAUUUGCCUGCUUGAUAAAGAUUUGGAUCUCUUGACAAAAUGCAAUAGUUGAAGUUCUUGACUUGCAAAAGCUUUGACUCACUCUUGUGUGAAUUCAUGAGUAACUCCUCUGAGGUAUAAUGUUUAAUCUUUGUCAUGAGUUUAGGGUUUCUUUCUUAUUUCCUCAAGGAGAAAAAUCUGUAAAAUUUUAGCUAUAUUAUGCUUUAGAUGGCAUACUCCACUUAAUUACCAUAGAUUUUGCUUCUAGUAUUAAUUUUCACAUAA